UGCGACUGAUGGCAGGUGCAUCUGCUAUGAAGAUAACAUAUAUUAUGAUAUUAUUAUCACUUGGGAUUGUGCUGGAAAGAAGGAACCUCUCUCUCUCUCUCUCUCUCUCUCUCUCUCUCUCUCUCUCUCUCUCUGUGUCUGUUGUCUGUCUGUCUGAUCUGGUUGCCUCUUGUGCUGGCCUGGUGGGUUUUUUCUAUGGGGUGGGGAUCGGAUCAACAGAGACAGUCGCGCGAUGCACGCGACAAUUUCAACAUUGAAGUCUUAAGUAAUGGGAAUAACUCCGUACAUGUCGAGAUGGAUCUAGCACUUGGAUUUGCGGAGCUGCGAAGUGCGGAAGCAGUGGCGGCAGCUGAACGUCUGGUGAAUGGCGAUGUGGCCGAUCGGCAUCGCACGGAAAAUGGGGGAGCGUCAACCUCUUCUGUUGCUAGUUUGAGUGGAUUGGCAAAUGGGAUCGAGAUGCCAAACGGAAUGACGGACGGAAUAAGGGGGUUACCUGGGGGAGGGUUAUCCUUGUUAAAUGGAAUAGGGAAUGGUGUGAUUUGGGAGGCCGACGGGGGCAGCAGCAGCAGCAGCAGCUUAGAGGGCAGCGAUGACGAAGAGGAAGAGGGUAAUGGAGACGAGGAUGGUGAUAAUUCAGAUGGUCAAUCGUGGCCAGGAGAAGCGGGAGACAUGGAGAGCGAAAGUGAAAGCGAAGAGGACGAGGACGAGGACGGAGAGGAGGGGGGAGAGGAAGAGGGUGAGGAGGAGGAGGAGGACGGGGAGGAGGAGGAAGAGGAAGAGGAGGUGGAAGCAGAGGAGGAGGAGGAGGGGGAGGAGGAGGAAGCAGAAGGCGAAGACGAUGAGGAGGAAGAGGAGGAGGAGGAAGAUGAUGAAUCUCUUCCAGAUGAAGAUGGCAGUGACCACAAUAGCGGAGAGCGCAAUGCCUCCGGGCAGAUUGCGAAUGAAGCGGAAGGCACUGACAGCCAGCACAAGGAGGGGGAAUCCUGCAGCGACGCAAGCAUGGACAGCAUGGGGAAUGGCCACUCGGUUGGGGGGCAUGUUUAUGGCAAUGGGAAUGUGAAACAUGGUCUGUAGAAAGGAGAAGAAGGGGAGGGGAGGGGGGGAAGGGGGGGGAGGGAUGGGGCCCAACGGGAUGGACGGAGGGUCACGGGGCACCAUUAGCCAAUUGCUAGCCUGUAGUGUUUUACGGAUUUUCGUAGGAGGAGGUAAGGUUUCCUUUUAGCUCUAGUCUUUUGUCCUUGGGAAGGGUCGACAAAAAAAAUGGUGAAUGGUUGUGGUUCCAUUGAGCGCGGGCACGAUUAGCCAAGUUUUGGUCACCAGCCAAUUGAGAGCCUGUAGUUCACGGAUUUCGGUAGGAGGUAAGAUCUCCUGUGUGCUCUACUCUCUGGUCUCCUGUCCUUGGAGUGGCAAUCCCCUUCUUUUUUUUUUUUUCUUUUUUUUUUGGGGUGGGGGUGGGGGGCGGGUGGUGUUUGGAGAGGCGAUGCCGAUGUUUGGUACCUUUCUUUUUUUUUUUCGGGUACGGCGGGGGGCUUUAGUCCUAAAUAAAGGCUAUAGCUUUCUAUCUAGAGUGCAGAAGCUGUGGUCUUUCUGUAGAGCAUGUUUAGAAGAAAUGAUUCAGCUGUGGAAAAGCAUGUCUGAGGCAGUAGCGAGGACGUAGGCUGUACUCAUUGGCACUUGGAAUUUGCUGGUGUACCUGACCGCGAAAAAUGUCCAGCUUCAUUCUGAAAAAGGGUCCUUGAUUGAGUAUGUUAUACUCUACAGCAGGUGGUGAGCUCUUUUUUUUUUCCUUUAAAAAAAAACAAGGUUGUGAGAGGUGUCGGGGGCGGUUCAUCAGUCUUUUGCUAUCGAUAGCUAUAGUCUUUAGUAUGUCCACUUGCAGGCUAAAGGCUCUGUUGCUUUUCUAGC